AUGAAUAAUUUAAAUCCAACUGAAAGAAAUAAUUGGCAACUUGAUCCACACUUUUCUGAAAUAUUCCAACCCAAAUAUGAAGAUUACGGUCAUUCUCAAUAUUUUAAUUUGGAUCACGGUCAUUUAGCAACAGCUUCCUUACAUCCACAUGAACAAGGAUAUUAUCUUACAAAUUCAGUACCCCAAUACGACAAAAUUAAUAAAGGGCAUUGGAGGGUUAUUGAAGAGUAUAUGAGUUGUUUGGCAAGAAAAGCAGAAGAAACAUUUAUUUAUACUGGUACUUUAUUUUUGCCAAAUGAGGAAACAAAUUUAAUGGAAUUUCAAGUUCUUGGAGAUAAAGAAAUUUAUGUUCCGACACAUUUAUUUAAAAUUGUUAUUCUCAAAAUUUUUGUUAAUUUUAGUUGGAAAUAUUGGUUAGAGGCUUAUGUAAUUACAAAUAUUAAUUUAGAUGAGUUGUUUGUUGAGAAACAUGUUAACACAAAUCCUUAUGCUAAUGAUGGAUCACCAAAAAUUGUCCAUGAUUGCCGAAAGGACGUGCAUUUUCUUGAAUAUCAGCAAAAUAUACCAAAAUAUACGGAAAAUAAUAUUCCAAAAUAUAUAACAAAUUUACUAGAAUAUUAUAGAAAACCAUAUAAAUUUAUUGAAGAAAAUAGUGACUUCCGGCUUUUUAGUUUGUUGAGUGAAAAAAUAAAGAAUGAAAAAGAUGGAGUUCUUUUUGAUAUGGAAACAGAAAAUUUUGAUAAUAAUUUAAAUGAAAAUGAUAUAAAUAAAGAUAGCAGUAAUAAUUUGACAUUUGGUAAUGUGACAGAAAAAAUUGUGAAAGAAAUUUUAUUAACUAAAGAUAAAAAUAAAAAUAUUGUUGAAUUAAAUAAGAAUAAUAAUAAAAUGAAUAAAGGAAAGGAAAAAGUUAGAGAUAAUCAAGAACAAUCAACACAAAAAUAUAAAAAAGAUUUUAGUAAGGAUUUGGUUCAAAAGAAUUUGGAAAUUGGUCAAACUUCAGAAACCCAAUCUGAGAAAUUAUUUUUAAAUAAUUUAAAUAAGAAUGAUAAUAAAACGAAAAUCGUAGAAAAUGAAUGGCAGGAAAUUUCAAGCAAAAAGAAAAAAGAUAAAAAACGAAAUCAAAAAUUAAUUUCUGAUAAAGGGAAAAAUAAAUUAAAUAAAAAUAUUGGAUUGUCACCUCUAAAAACGGAUAAUAUACAAAUAAUUAAUGAUAACAGAAUAUUUGAAGAACAGUCGUUAACAAAAUUAGCUGUUAAUGAUGAUGAUUUGACAUCAAAAUCAACAGAGGGUUUACAAGAAAAUUCAAAUGAAACAAAAUCCGUUGACAGUAAAAAUACUGAUCAAGGAAAGAAAAAUAAAAAGAAAUCUAAGGGGAAAGAACAAAAACAACAAAAUAAGAAUAAAUUAAAAAUAAAAGAAAAUAAUUCAGAAGAUUUAUUUUAUAUAAAACAAGCCAUAAAACAAAAUAAUCGAGAAAUUCAGGAAAAAAUUCAACAACAGAAAAAAGCUGAAAAAGAAGCUAGAAUAGCUAAAGAAAUUGAAUUGAGGAAUACUAAAAAUGAUCGAAAAGAAAAAAGAAAAAUUAAAAAACAAUUAAAAACUAAACAAUUACAAGGACAAAAUAACUUAGAAGCAUUACCAACAGAAAAAGUUUUGGAUUUAAUAAGUGAUCGAAUAAACGUGUUGAUUGAUUCAGCUGAAAUAAUUUCAAAAUUAAUAGAUAAUUUAAAUGAAGAAAAUUAUUUAGAAUUUUAUUGUUUAAUAGACAAAGCUAUUUUACAUUUUUUUGAAUCUAUUCAAAAAUAUUUUUGGUUAUUUAAUAUAAAAUUUGAAUUAAUUGAAUAUUGGCGAUUUGAGAAAAAAUUUUAUGAAGAUUUUUGUACUGCUAUUUGUUCAAUUUCAAAAAGUUAUCCACAAACAAUUCAAAAUCAUGGAAAAUUUACCGCUUUUGGAUAUAAAUUCUUAAUGUUUUAUCAAACGAAAGGAGAUGAAUUAAUUGAUAAUGUUAGAGGAAAUAUAGAAAAAGCUUUAGCCGUCGUUUUAAGUGAAAAACAAAAGGCAGAAAGAAUUAUUUCUGUUGAAGAUAAAAUUGGUUAUUAA